AUGACCCACCGAAGCUUAAGCUACAGUGGAUUGGACGAAAUCGACACUGGGCUCCAACGCCCACGAAGCACUCCGAUCCAAUUCCGGAACGGAUCAACGGAAAGGAAGGGGGAACCAAGGACACGGAUCCCACCACCGAACAAUUCUAUCUCCGAGAAUCGAACUCCAUCCGCAACGAGGACCUUUCAUCAAACGGGAUUCGAUAACCUAACGGAACAAGCUCGGAGACAUGAUCUUCGCGGUCCCGUCAAUAUCGACCCCCAAAGGGAAGACUUAGGGAUCCCGACCGAAACUGGGACGUUUCAUAAUUAUAUCGAAAGGAACGACGCCGAGCUCAAAAGGAUACAUGCGAUCGUGCAUAUGGCAACAAGCUCUGCCCCGGAUAUCAACAUGGUCAUCGAGGAAACGAGAAGGACUCCAUUCACAAACAAACUUGCCAGCGUAAGGCUGCAUCACGUCGGGAAACUGAAAUUCCCCGAAUACGCCAGAAACACAGACCCGAAGGCCCAUGUACGAGCCUUCCGUUUAGCAAUAUCAAGAGCACACCUCACCGACGAUGAAAAAGAAGCAGGUUACCGCCGCUUCUUCGCCGAGAACCUCAUCGGGCCUCGCUCGAGUGAGAUAAGAGUUACCGAAGCAGAUCUCUGGAAUCUCAAACAAGCGCCUUUCGAGCCAUUAAAAGCAUACAUAAACAAAUUCAGAGAAAUCAAGGCCAAGAUCUCACAUCUGAACGAGGUCGUUGCCCUCGCGGCAUUAAAGAAUGGUGUCUGGUUCUCAUCCAAGUUCAGGGAAGAAUUGGCAGUACGAGCACCUAUUUCGUUGGAUGACGCCCUACACCGAGACUCUUAUUUCGCCAGACACGAGGAGGAGGUCGCAGCCUUGAAAAAACAGUAUAGCGCGAACAAGAACAACGCAACCAAAAAGCCUGCUACUUCUAAAGAUCCAACCACCAAAGGGCAACAUUCCUACGCAAUAAAUAAUUCUCCACAAAAGUCUUCAACAUACGACCUCAUCAAAUACUGCACCUUCCAUGACCGCAAGGGCCACUCGACCGAAGAAUGUCAAACCGCACUUCGCAGUCAAAACGAAAAUAAGAAAACCACUGAAGAAGCCGGAGAAGAAGAAGAAGAGCCAGUGACUCCAAAAUCCAACCGAAAGGCCAAAGUCCCAACAAACAAAAGAGGUAGGGAGAUCGAGCAUGAAUCACCGAGCUCUCAACCCCCAGCUCCGAAGAAAAGAGUCGACAUGAUUUCGUGGGGGCCAAACAACAAUGCAACCGACAAAAUCAAGAGCCAGACCGAAGGGAAAGUUCGUUUCAAGAUCACAAUAGCAAUCCGCACAUUGGAAAAAACCGAUGAAGCCACUACCCCUCCCAUUGUCACUCAGUACAACCUAAACACAGAGUCCCCUCGCGGAAAAAUCCCCAACUUCAAAAGAAAGAAUAAAAUGACCAAAAUUCGCGAGCUAUUAAAAAAACCGAUUGCCCAACAGAUUAAGAAAAAAGACUGA